UUUGCGCCUCCUCCUUUUAUCAGUCACGUUAUUGAGGAAGCCUGCAAUUAUCUUAUGGUGGUUAAAAGACCCACAACUUAGGAGCUACAGAGACCUAUCGGCUAGAGGCAGCAGCAGAAGUGCACCAGGUGAUUAAAAGCAACUAGGAGUUCACCUAGUUCAGCCUCAUACUGUAUCUGGAAAGACAUUCAUCUGAAAACUCAUUAUUUUACACUGCAUUCUGAUUUCUGAAAACGGGCGUCUGGGAGACAAAUGACAGGUAUGGUCGUCAUGGAAUUUAACACAUCGGAUGAAAAUGACACUUACUACUAUCUCGAUGGAGCGGCACCCUGCCACAACAACAAUAUGGAUUUGAACAGUACAGGCUUGGCCGUCACCUACAUCAUAGUGGUCCUUGUCAGUCUGCUGGGGAACAGCCUUGUCAUCUAUGUGAUAUGCUGUAUGGAGAGAAGGAAGACCUCCACAGAUGUGUACCUGAUGAACCUGGCCCUGGCUGACCUCCUCUUCUCCCUGACCCUCCCCCUGUGGGCCGUCUACGUUCACUCCGAGUGGAUCUUCGGCACCACGCUUUGCAGACUUGCAUCUGGCUUGCAGGAGACGACCUUCUACGGCGGCGUCCUGCUGCUGGGCAGCAUCAGCGUUGACCGCUACCUGGCCAUCGUGAAAGCCACGCAGGUGAUCGUGCACAAGCGCCACCUAGUGAGUGCAGUGUGUGCCCUCGUGUGGCUGGUGGCGGGGAUGCUCGCUCUGCCGGUCUGCAUCCAUAAGGAGGCCUUCCAGCCCUCUGGCUCACCCAGGUAUGUGUGCCAUGACAACGUGACGGGCAAGAAAAUGGAGCAAUGGCAGCUGAGCAUGAGGCUCCUACGCUAUAUUGUGGGUUUCUUCAUCCCACUGAUGGUCAUGAUUUUUUGCUAUGGCAGCACUUCCUGCACGCUUUACCGAUCACGCAACAGUCAGAAGCACAAGGCCAUGAGAGUAAUCCUGUCCGUGGUGCUGGCCUUCGUACUCUGCUGGCUCCCCUACAAUAUCGCCGUCCUCGUCGAUAUCCUGAUGCGAGGAAACCUGCUCGACGAAUCCUGUGAUCUCAGGCAACAAGUGGCAUUUAGCCUCAUGGUGACGGAGAUCCUGGCCUUCUCGCACUGUGCUGUCAACCCCGUCCUGUAUGCCUUCAUCGGGCAGAAGUUCCGUGACGAGCUUCUCACUACGCUCUUCAAGCACGGGCUCAUUAACAAGAAGGUCCUGUCCACCUACAGGAAGAACUCAGUAUACUCUUUCUCUGGGAACACUUCUAUCACCCGAUAAUCAGUUCAGCACUUGGCCCACUGACUCCAAAAGUAAAGUCAAAUCAAGUCGUCAUAUCAAGUCAAGUCAAGUCAUGUCAUGUCAUGUCAUGUCAUGUCAUAUUAAGUGAAGUCAAGUGGGCUGUAUUGUCAUGCCAUCCAUAUACAGGUAUAUAGUGAAAUAACAUUUCCCAAGGACCAUGUGUAACAUACAGAUAGUGAAUGACAAUGGAGGGUUUUUACAAUACUUAGACUACAAUACAGAGUACAGCAUGAAACUGGGGGUGGGGGGGAACACAGCAGUUUAUAUACAUAGUGCUAUGUGAAUGUAAACAAUAAGUAAGGGUUCAGCUUUGUAUUUGUAACAUUUUUAAUAGCAUAUCUUACUCUCUGCAGCACGGUUGUUUUGUUUUGUCUCUUGUCAUUCUGUGGGACGUAUGGUAGGUAGACAAGGUGGAAACACAGUGUAAUAUGGAGAUUUCUGUUGAAAAGAUGCUAAGACUUAGGGUUAAGUGUUUUAUCUGACCUAAAUAUCUUCACUUAGAAUGAGGUAAGGAGCAUGCACUGAUACAGUGCGUUGCCACACCCAUCACAUGGCAAACCACCUCAGGGAUGAGAACCUGAGUGCAGCUGUGCAGUGUGAGUUUUUUUUCCAGUGGCCGCGAUGCCAAUCCUGCCAACAAGGAUCACAACUGAGGCCAAGUAGAUAUAUUCUGUACCAGAUUCUUUUGUGAAAUUAAUAAUUCUACUUCCUCUUCAUCAAGACAAAGUUCUUGUUAAUACAGACACAAAGGAAACAGACAGUGAGGUCACAGUUACAAACACGUCAUCACUUUGACAUUUGCAUUCACAUUUAUUGCAGUAAACUGUGAGAAUAAUCUAUUGUUCUGUCUUCCACACAUGUCCUGGAAACCAUGUCAUAUUAAAAGUGAUUUUAGUUUAAGGCUGUAAAGGAUAUUACUCAUUUCAUAUUCUGAAGAUGUACCUACCUGUGCUUGAGGUCUUACAGCAGCAUGUGAACACUGAUAAGCUCCUCUACAGCACCAAAGCUCUACCAGUCCCACAGCAAAGGAACUCAAAGAACUACAUGCAACAAGUUACAGUUGAAAUAAUCGUUAGAACAGCUAAGAUGCGUGUACUAAGUCAGUGGUCUUGAACUGGUUUAGAUUCAAGACCCACAUUUUCCUUAGUCACAACCCAAAUUUUAAAGAUUUUGGACCAAAUUUUUUCACAAAUAGUGUAGCUCCUGGCUCUUCAAAUCUCAAAUCUGUUGAUAUGUAUUUUGUCAUGCAAAUUUAUAUGCAUAUGGAAUUUUUGGUGAUACUGAAGUGAAUUUAUAAAGACCAUUUUAAAAAUGUGGGUGGCUUUCUUUUGACAAGUAAAAAACCCUGUUUUCUGUUGUAUUGCCUUUAUUCUGUCAGUAAAUAAAACUGUAUAAAAUGCUUGCUACACUGCAAAUCGUUAUGUGUUUGCCAAUAUGUAAAAUCUUAUCUUUAAUAUCUCUAUAUUAUCUUUUUUAAAAAAAAAAUUGUUUACUGGUUUCUCUCUUUGAAUUUGUGGUAUAUUCUUAUAUUGAUCUAUCUUAUAUAUCUCAAUUAGUCAGAAGAUCUUAUAAUUGACCGGUUUACUGGUAAAACAAGCCACAUUAGACAACUUAUUAAUUUUACCAUGCCUUUUCCCCUGAAAACUUGUUCAAGAUUCAUUAACAAGCUUAAGCAAGUUGCUUGAUUUAAGAACCGCACAAGGCAUAAUUUUUUUUUAAAUAUACCAUAUUUUUUUAUUCAAUGAAAAAUGGCCUAAUAUGCUUCACCUACAAAGAAAAUGAAAGAAGAUUCUUGUCUCUUUCUCUGUUUCUCUCUCUAGCCGACUCUUUUACUAUCUUGAACCCCCCCCCCUUGUU